AGCUUCCUGAAAGAAGCAAAGUUCGAGUCCAGCAGGACCACAGGAGAGCCACUUGGACGCUUGCAGCCAAGGUUCUGAUCUCCCCAGCCGCGGUCUCUGACCACACAACUCACAACCUUACCCGUCUUCAGAGCGCAGUCCUUUCCAACCGACGACAUGAUAGAACCCUCUGAAGACUCAUUUGAGACGAUGAUGGAGCUUAAGAAUCCAUCAUCAAAACAAAUGGAGUCCUCCGAGGGCUCAUCCAACACCGUUGAGGAGACACCAGGCAGCAGCGGGGCACAGGCUCAGGCAGAGGCGGGCUCCACCACUGGCCCAGCCCAGGAGCCACCCAGUGGCUCGGUCGAGGAAACAGAAGAGCUGCCCACUGAUCUACUCCAAGACAUGGAGAAGUCAUCCAGUGGUCCAUGUGUGAAAACAGAGGAUCCACCGAACGACCUACUCCAAGACUUGGAGGAGUCAUCCAGUGGCCGGGAUGAUGAAAGAGAGGAUGCACCCAACGUUCCGAUCCAAGACCUGGAGGAGUCCUGCGACAUAUCACACGAGGAAGAAGACGACGACGAUGAAGAUCCACUCAGUGAGGCAUCUGACGGCCUGUAUUCAGUGUCGGCCAAUUCCUCUGAGACCCCGACAGACGAGGAUGACGAGACUAACCUGGAAGAUGCGAGUGGGGAGUUCGGAGAGAGUCAGCCCGGGAGCUCUCCAGAAGAAGUCAUGGCCACGAUGGGGUCCAUCAUCUCGCUGUUCCUCCGGAUGCAAGACGUCAGACAGCAACAGAUAGUGGCAGAGGAGAUCUUGACGGAUGCCAUCGACGAAGGCCGGCUUCCUUCCAUCAGGCCCUUCACUGGAGAUCGCAGAGACUACCAUGAGUUCGUUGUGCUCUGCCAGAUGACCAUGCAGAACUACCCAGCAAUGUUCCAGAACGAUCACGUGCGAGUGAAGUUUUUCAUCCGCCAUAUGACUGGCCUGGCCUUAGAGUGGGCCAACGCCCUGAUGGAGCAGGACAGCCCCCUGUUGAACGACUUCUCAGCCUUCAUCGAAGCCAUGUCAGAAAAGUUCGAGUACCGGCAGACGCUGCGUGUGGCAGAAGACGCCAUGUUCAAUAUCAGGCAGGGGAACCGCACUGUUGCUGAUUAUAUCAAUGAGUUCCAGAGUCUGGUACCCACCUUGGGCUGGCCAGAUGAAGUCCUGCAGGCCCACCUGUGCCAGGGGCUCAAUGAAGACAUCAGGCAUUAUCUGUUCCGGAUCCCUCAGCCGGAUUGCCUGGAGAACCUGAUGGUGCUUGUCCUGCAAAUUGAAGAUAAGCUGGCAGAGAGAAGAGCAAUACUCAGGCUGCCCCCUGAGUCCCGCCCAAGGAACAUGACCUGGAUCGACUCACCUGCCCCAGAGAAGUGGAGGGUGAGCAGCUGGCUGCCCUACACCUUCCACCCGGACAUCGACCGUGCCCACAUCUUCCUGUUGCUCAUGGUGAGGGUUAGCCCCUACCACAGUGUCGCAGUGCAGGCCCUGCUGGACUCAGGAGCAGAAGGGAACUACAUGGAUGAGAAGUUUGCCCAAGAACACUACGUGGAGCUCUAUGAGAAACCCUAUCCACAGGCGAUCCAAACGGCGGAUGGCUCCCUAAUCGGCAAUGAACCCACGUGGCUGUACACGGAACCUCUGAUGUGUGUCCAGCAGAACCAUUAUGAAUACAUCGAAUUUGACAUCGUACCUUCGCCUCACUUCUCUGUGGUCUUGGGCAUCAAGUGGCUCCGAACCCACGCACCUGACGUUGACUGGAUCAGAGGCCGCUGCACCUUCCACUCUCCCUACUGCCUGAAGAACUGCUUCAACCCACCCCCACCAUGCAUCGCACUGGAGAAAUACAGCGUGAGCCUGCUACCCGGAUUGCCACACCCAUACUCAGACCUGGCCGACGUGUUUAACCCGAAGGAAGCAGAUGAUGAGACUUCCGACCAGCCAAGCUCAGACGGAUCCGAUGAUCUUUCUGAAUCAGAGCCCUCUGAGCUUCAGCAGGCUGGAGACAGUGAUCGCAACGACGUCUAUUACGAGUGCCGUUCCAGGGCUCCUUGGGUAUCUGUGACUGCCAGGAUGCAAGAAAAAGCCAGGCAGCAAGAGGAAUACUGGAUACUGUAUGACAUGCUGACUGACAGACAGGACUACAUACAGAUGAUACCAGAACUGUUUGACCAGUUACAUGGAGCUGCAUGGUUCACAAAGCUGGAGCUGCGCAGGGACAUUAAGGAAGCCGAUAUCAACUACAGCGUCACACGCACAGAGGACACAUGGAGAGCAACGUUUGGCUUGACCCUUCACCAGAUGAGAUGCUACCGGCCCUUCACAAUGUGCUCAUUCGCUGAUGAAUCUGACAAUGAGAUUCACUUCAUCCUAAAAGACAUCCUAGGUUUCUAUGUGAUUGCCCGUGGCCAAGAAGUCCUCAUCUACUCAAUGAGCCAGGAGGAACACUUUGAGCACGUCCGCCAAGUCCUGCUCCGCUUCCGCAGUAACAACAUCUACUGCUCACUGGACAGAAGUCAGUUCCAUCGCCACACCGCAGAGAUCAUGGGCUUCGUCCUAUCUCCCAAGGGGGUGAAACUCAACAAGACUCUCAUGAACCUCAUUAUGGGGUGCCCUGUGCCUGGCAGCAGAAGAUGCCUGCAAACCGUCAUCGAACUCGUCUACCCCUACCGCCACUUCGUGGAGCAAUUUGCCGUCAUCGCAGACCCCCUGGUGAGACAGCUGCUGAGCUCAGAGCCCUACUACUGGGGAGAGGAGGAGCAAGAGGCCUUCGAAUGCCUGAAGAGGGCUUUCCGUAAGGCGCCCAUUCUCUACCAUCCCAAGCCUCAGAAUCCAUUCUACCUGGAAACGGGCGUCACUGGGCCAUUCCUGUAUGCCUCCCUGGUCCAGACCGAUGAGGAAACUGGCAAAAAAGCUACCUGCGCUUUCUACUCACGACGCCUCUCCCCAAUGGAGGUGGAGUACCCUCAAGUGGAGUUGAGGAUCCUUCCAAUCCGGGCUUCCUUCAUGGUGUGGUGCCGCUACCUGGAGAACACCGAGGAGCCCAUCAUGAUCCUUCUCAACACAGAGGAUCUAGCCUCCCUGAAUAAUGACAGGCUCACCGUACUUCUCCCCGGGCAUUGGGUCUUCUUCUUCUCUCACUUCCAUUUUGAUGUCAUGGAGCUGCCCGAUGAUGAUGACACCCGAGCCCUGUCCCAAAGGAGAUGUCUGAACCAGAGAGCUGCCCGAGGAAGGUACAUGAGGCCACUGCUGCUGCUUGCCUUGAGGGCGGGCCAAAGGGACUCCUCCCCCGAGUCUGAGUCUGAGUAUGAGUUGCAGUCCGAGUCUGAGUCUGAGUCUGAGUCUGAGUCUGAGUCCGAGGACAGUGACGUCCUGUCAUACCAGGAAUCUGAAGACUUCAGUCAGCAGACCUUGGUGCAGGGGAUACUGGCUGCCAUCCCGAUAGAGCGGAUCCUCAAUAGCUUCCUGGCCCACUUCAGCAUGGCUCAGAUCCGGACCUUUGUCCUGCACUUCUUCCGUAGCCUGAUCUACUGGAAGAACGUCCUGGGUGUGGCAGCCCUCCUGGCGAUGAUGAGGGUGAGGCAGCGCCUCUCCCCGGUGCCGGCCCCCUCUUGGGAGGUGGACAGGCCUCAGCACCGACACACACUCCGACUCAUCCUGGACUCUAGCCUCAUUGCCGGGAGUGGCAUGGCCACAGCCAUCGCUCAGUUGUUCAGUCAGAUGCCCCCUCUUGUGGGUGCCAACACCCUCCCGGCUCGAGAGCUGGCCGAACUCUUCCUGGGCCCCAGGUGCUGGCAUUGGAAUGCAGUGCAUUCCCGGCCCCGAAGGGGCCUGCAAUUCACACCCGGGUUCUGGUUGACCCUGUGUGAGUUCUUCGGGGUCAGAGUCAACCCCGAGGAGGACAUCUUCCCUGCCCCACACCAGCACCGAUACUUGGAGCUGCACGUCGUUGGUGAUGAAGAUGUCGUCUUGCGAGAAGCCCUGCAAGACGACCUGCAACGUUACCGUCAGUGUGGCCUGCAUGACGGCCUGCAAGACACCUCGCAGGACGCGCAGGACAACGACGUGCAAGAAGACCUGCUUGGCGACCAGGAAGCGGUCACCUACCGCCCACGGAAUCUGUUGGACCCAGAGGUCCUAGAUUUCCUCAACAACCGCCUUCUCUACAUUCUUGGUGCCGAUGGCCGGCUUACUCUGUUUAGUAGGAAUGAGGUGGCCCGGACCCUUGCACGAUUCCUGGCCAUGGCCUCCAGAAUGGUCCCGCCGUCCCCAGCCAGGGAACGGGCAAGGCUAGAACAACUAUCAGACUCAUCAGAUGAUGAGCUUGACUGAAAACACGACCAAGUCGCUGCCAUCCUUCCUCGUGCCUCAGCCAGCUUCGCUCAAAUCCAGCACCCCCUCUUGCCACUCCUGACCCAAGGGGAAUCCACUUGUGAAGGGGCCACACAACUUCACCUCAUCAACCAGCAAACAUCAUCUGUGCUAAAGGACUAGCCAACUAUCAGCGUCCCAGGGCCAGCCAAGACUGUGCAACCCUGUCCUAAAUGUCCAAGACUGUGCAACCCUGUCCUAAAUGUCCAAGACUGUGCAACCCUGUCCUAAAUGACCGGGCCCCAGGCCCACAGCCGGGAGUGAGAUCAAUGAGGAGAGAGCAGUGAUGAGCAACAAUGACCCUGUCACCCCAGGCCAGAUGCAGAGCAGACACAGCAGGCGCAGCCAAGCAAGCAGAUGCCAGGGACCCUCCCACCACCCGAGUGGCGUGUGGCCACCUGUGCAUCCUGGGACACUGACCUCGGGUGCUCCACUGACUUCUACCUCCACACCGGUGCUCCAACUCCCCUGGCCCCACUCCACCCCCUCCCAGCCUCCCAAGGUGCUGUGGUGCCAUGCUUCCCCCAACCCUGGCACACCCCCACAAGCAAGCCCAACCCAAACUUCCCAUCUGGUCUGGUUCCCUUGACACUUCAUCUGACCCUGAACUCUGAACUCUGAACUCUCUGAACUCUGCUUACCUGGGCAGAGCUGCUCCACGGGGCAUCUGACGUACCAGUGUGACUUACCUGAUAGACUUGCCCACCUUGAAGGUCCCUGAGACUCAGGGGACACCAGAAACGGUGGUAGCACUAAGUGGGGGCUUCCUUUCCCAAAACUGACAGAUGGACAGUGCAGGGGCCAGAGACCCCACACAAAGGAGGGAGCCCCCAAGGACACUGGUGAAGCCCGGGAGACCCGACCUACUGUGCCAAGGGGCCAAGAGUGCUCUGACCAGACCACUGUUCUUUCCACGGGAAGGGACACCUUCCUAUACUUUCCCAUCGCACUUCUGCUUUUGCCUCACAAAUAAAGAGACGAAAAGAUUUA